AAAAAUGUAGCCUAGUUGUUGCAGUUUGUUUUUCUUGAUCAAGAAUUGUAUGUUUGAACUGGAUGCCCUAGUGGCUUAGUGACUGCACCUCUCUUUCUUCUCUCUGAGUCUAGAUCAGGAGAGCAGCCAUGAACCCAACUCAAAAAAUAGACUGUGCAAGCACAGAAAUCACCAGUUUCACCAUUAAUACCCCCCUCAACAGUACCAACUCAAUGAUGGAUUCACCUUCUGGCUCCUCUUCCACAGCCGCAUCUCCGACAACUCUAAGCCGGUACGAGAACCAGAAGCGCCGUGACUGGAACACCUUUGGCCAGUACCUUCGAAACCACAGGCCGCCACUCUCCCUCUCCCGCUGCAGUGGAGCCCAUGUCCUUGAAUUCCUCAGAUACUUAGAUCAGUUUGGAAAGACUAAGGUUCACAAUCCACUCUGUCCCUUUUUUGGAAACCCAAAUCCGCCUGCACCAUGUCCGUGCCCCCUGCGCCAAGCCUGGGGAAGCCUUGAUGCCCUUAUAGGCCGCCUUCGGGCUGCCUAUGAAGAAAAUGGAGGCAAGCCUGAAACGAACCCUUUCGGGGCCAGAGCAGUGAGGCUUUAUUUGCGCGAAGUCCGUGAUUUGCAGUCGAAAGCUCGGGGAAUCAGCUACGAGAAAAAGAAGCGAAAGAAGCCACCGCCAGAACAGCAACAUGCAUUACCACCACCAAAUUCAAGUGAGUCUGCGUGAAAGUUGUUGCCAACUCAAAAUAUCAUUUCACAUGCGGUCUUUUCUACUACCAAUUUUAGUCACUGCAUCAUCUAUGAUACAUUUUGAGAAAAAAAGGUACCUAAAAUUGCCCUAUGUAUGUAAUCUUUAUUAUUGUCUUUCUGCAAAAACUAUGCUUGUAUUUCAUGAAUACUGUUGAGCUUCUGCAAGAAUUUAAUUUCAUGUUGCAAGUGACAGUUUUUGUACUAGUGACAGGUUACAAGACAUUGUGACCAGAUUGUCAUGGAUUAUUAUCUGAAAAGCCAUUUAUGACGAGAUUUUGCACA